UACUUAAAAACGGCCAGUCCCCCUGUCUGCCCACCCUCUUUCUGCGACAAGGCUAUCUACAGCGGAAAAGCCGUCAUAGCAACGUAGUAUGCUAGCAAGCGCCGUGUCUGGAAUAAGCGUGAGGUCUCUGUGACUACCUUUAGCGGAACUCAGGAAAUCAUUCAGAACUCGGUUGUGGAGUGCGUAAAACCGACUGAUAUUCUCAUGGCGACACCAGGCUCAUCUGUUGUGCUCAGUGAUGAAGAGAAGGGCUAUGACCUGGACCUUUUCUGCAUACCAAAGCACUAUGCUGCUGACUUGGAGAGGGUUUACAUCCCACACGGGCUCAUCCUGGACAGGACCGAGAGGCUGGCUAGGGAGAUCAUGAAGGACAUGGGGGGCCACCACAUCGUGGCCUUGUGUGUGCUCAAGGGGGGCUACAAGUUCUUCGCUGAUCUGUUGGACUACAUCAAAGCCCUGAACAGGAAUAGUGACCAGUCGAUCCCGAUGACGGUGGACUUCAUCCGUCUGAAGAGCUACAGUAAUGACCAGUCCACAGGGGAUAUAAAAGUAAUAGGUGGGGACGACCUGUCUACACUCACAGGAAAGAACGUCCUGAUCGUGGAGGAUAUUAUCGAUACAGGGAAGACAAUGAUGACAUUGUUGCAACUACUUAAGCAGUACAAACCCAAAAUGGUUAAAGUAGCAAGUUUGCUGGUGAAGAGGACGCCGCGAAGUGUUGGCUACAGGCCAGAUUUUGUAGGAUUUGAGAUCCCAGAUAAAUUUGUGGUUGGGUAUGCGCUAGACUACAAUGAGUACUUUAGAGAUCUAAAUCAUAUCUGUGUAAUUAGUGAAAGCGGAAAAGAGAAGUACAAGGCAUGAAGAAGAAGAGGACUUCGUUGUCACGAAUGACUGAUUGAAAUAGCUUUCAAGGCUUUAGCACAUUUUCUAAUGGAUUUCUACAUAAUUAUGUAAUGGAAAUUAUUAAUUUAAUUGCAGCUCAUAUCACAUGUCUUUAUUUUAUCUUCAGAAACCCUGAGGAGUUCAGAGUUAUGGUGAUAAUCCUUGAACAUUUAGCACCAGUUUUAAUAUUCACCUUUUUGAGGCCUCUUUGGAUGCCAUGUAUGUUGGUAACUGCAUUGACAAUUUGGUCAACUUUACUUUGAUAAAAGUAUUUACAGCAAUGCUGCUAGUUGAGGUAUGGCCUCACUAGUAUUAUGCUACUCCAAAAUAAGCGUGCUAUUUUAUUAUUGUUUGCUUCAAUCACAAGUUUCUCUUUUGUUAUGUUAUUUGAGAGCAGACAAUAGAACGCGAAUGGAUGUCAACUGUUUGUCUUUCUUAGUUUUACUUAUAUCUACAUGCUGAUUGCAAAGUAAAGCAGGUAUACGUUUGCUGUCCGAAAAUAAGUGCAAAUGAGAUUGCCCAUGUUAAGAACUGUAAGUAAAUUGGGAAGACUAGUUUUAGCCCGUUUUUUCUUUGCUUGCUGAUUCGUUUGGGAUGCACGCAAAUCAUAGCUGGAACUUUGGCUGUUAGGCGUACGACCAUUGACUCCCAAAAAAAAAUGAAGUGAACUGUCACCCUCUGUAGCUUUAAAACACGCAUUGCAAACCAUCUCAUCUUUACUUUCUCUUUAGAGGAGCAUUGCGCUUUACACAGAACAUAGUCUCAUUCAGGUGUACAGCAACUGUAUCAUACUUCUUAACCUUAUUUUCCAUUAAAUGGUUAUUUUUCUGA